AUGAACUUGGACGAAAAAGACUUGAAACCAUGUGCCACCGAGCUAAUUGGAUUCAACGGAGCGCCAUCCCCUCCAAAGGGUUACAUAGAUCUAGAACUGACGUUAGGAACAAAGGAUGCUUUCCGAGUUGGAAGGGUCUGUUUCGUUGUAGUGGACACUCCUUCUUCGUACAACGUGAUCAUUGGCCGACCUACAAUUCAUGACUGGGACAUAUUAAUCUCCACCAAGCAUCAAGCACUGAAGAUGCCGGGGGGAAAGAACGAGGUCAUCACCAUAAGGGGAGAUCAGAAAGAAUCCAGGGAGUGCUACUAUGAAACUCUGAAAGUCAAUCGCAGAGUUCCAUCAUCUCUCCCACGACUCACAAGUGGAGGUAAAACCCCCGCCAGAGACCAGUUGGUAUUCCCAUGCGGAAACGAGGUAAAGUUGGUGGAAUUGGAUAUGAGGGAGGAGCUCCAUGCACCUCAUCCAGAACCCCAAGGAGAGCUAGAAAACGUCAAUAUUGGGAAGGAUGAUAAAGGACACACCAAGGCUUCGGAGAUCCCUGGAAUAGACCCAACCUUCUGCUGUCACAAGCUCUCUAUGUACCCCGGAUGGAAGCCAGUAUCCCAAAAGAAGAGGAAGAUAGGAUCUGACCAACGUCAAGCUUUGAACGAACAUGUGGACGAGCUAUUGGAGGCCGGUUUCAUCAGAGAAAUACAGUACACCAUUUGGUUGUCCAACAUUGUGAUGGUAAAAAAGCCGAGUGGGAAGUAG